AUGUCACUUGCCAACCGAGAGAAAAGCAAAAGCUUUAAUGUAGGUGACUACAUGAUAGUUUAUGAAGAAGUGAUGAAAAACAAUCUCGCGAGGGAAUGUUUCAGAGAUUAUCUUCAAAAUGUGGCAUGUAGUGAUGAGUCCAUUCUUUUUCUAGACGAAUACGAAAGAUACAAACAGGAAUAUUCUCGUGUAUUCGAUAUGAUACUAAACCAACCUAAUCUAUCCGAAAUUGACCAUCACUGUGGAGAAAUAUACGAUAUGGCUGAAGGUUUAAUGUACAAAUUUAUAAAACCAGAAAGUGAAAAGGAAUUAAACGUAGGAAAACCCAAGAUUGAUUUAUGGAAACGAUGGAAAGAUGAAAUUUCAUCAUGUUCAAUUCUAGAGUUUGAAUCUUUUCACAAAGUUUUUCAUGAUUUGGAUCCAAAUUUAUUAUUUCACGAUAUUGUAACAAGUGUCAACUUGGAUUUACGAAUUGAUCAAUUUCCAAGAUUUUCACGAUCUCCACAAAUUUACACUCUAUUAGAAAAACAAGGAGAAACAUUUACUAGAGCUAUAGCUGUUGAUAUUUCACGAGGUUAUCAUGUGGAUUUUAGAUUUAAACCAAAAGAUUUGGUAACUAAUUUGAUUUUUGAUAGAGAUUUGUAUUUUGCAUUUUCAUUGAUGGAAGAUUCGCCUGAUUGGCAAACUAUUGAAAAUAGCAAAAAGACACAAGCUCAAUUUUACUAUUCGAAAACACCCUAUGUAUUCGAAGAUCAGAAACAUAAGGGAAUGCACAUGUGUAAGGUGGUGUGUAAUUUUGAUUAUCCCCUUGAAGAUGUUUGGAAAGUUCUGAGACAUGUCAUUUCAUUGGACGAACCUGGACGAACAGUUUCGAAUAUUAGACAACUAGGCUAUAUACCACCAAAUUCUGAAAGAAAACCUCAAAUGAAUGUUGACGAAUCAGCAGAUCCAUCAGAAUACAAUACACUAGGCCUCACCUUCUCAACAUGUGAAUUAGAUUUCAAAGUUCCUGGCAUGAAGAAGAGAGAUAUUCCACACACUCAUACCACAAUCUACGACCAAGCACUGCAGGGCUACGUGAACGUUGGACACACAUCUUUCUUCAAUGGAUACGAAACACCAAAAGAUUGUGUCCAUGCAGAUCUCUUCAUUUUUUACUAUGUCUGUAAGAUUAGUCCAUAUCGUACUCGUUUCACACACAUUGUAUAUUCUGAUGGACAUUUACCUGCAGCCAUCAACAAGAUUGUAACAAUAACCAUGUGGAAAAAGAGAGCUCUCUAUUUUGAAAAGAUAUUUAACAAGAUACUGAAAGAUUUCACAGAUAAUGGAUCAAGAUUAAUACGAGAGGGAGAAUUGACUGAUUGUUUUGGCCUUGAUAAAAGUGCAAGAGAUAAUUUACAGGCAUUCCCUAAUAGAUCUUGGUAUGAAGAGUAUUUAAAGAUGUUGCAUACGAAAAAUCCAACUCCCGAAUCCGAAUCAGCCUCUGACUCUUUGAAUGACACAGUUUCACCCUAUUCUGCUCCUUCCUAUAGAAUUACAAUAACAGUUGUGGAGGGAAAAGGAUUUACUGGUGAUAGAGAUGCAUUUUGUAAAUUAUGUGUAAAUUCACCUAAUUGUUGUAUUCAAAAAACUAAAAGUAGAAAAACAGCAACACCACAAUGGAAUCAAGAAUUUACAUUUGAACCACUGUUUCGUAAUUCACCAAUGAUUAUUACAUUGUGGAAUAAUAACUUGUUGUCAAAAUCAGAAUUUCUUGGAUGUGUCCGAUUGAUUCCAAUGAGAAUAAUUAGAGAAGAUGUUCUAUUUGAUGAUUGGUUUGAAUUGGAACCACUCAAUACUCCUAGAUAUAGAAAUACACCAAUUAUUAAAGGAGGAAAAAUUAGAUUACAAAUUAAAUGGGAAAGAUUGAUUCAAAAAAUUGAAACAGCUCACUAUGGAUUUGAUGAACCAAUUGAAAAUUCACGAAUUAUUAGAGAUACAUCUGGAAAGGGUAUUCAUUUGCGUUUUAAAAAUUUAGAUACUUCAGAUAUUGAAAGUGCAGAAGGUGUUAAUGGAAGGAGUAGAUCUGCAUACUUUUCUGGUUUCAAUUACUUGGAAAGUAGUUAUAAUCCAACUAGAAAUUUAACAGAAUUUACAAUUAGUUUUUGGUUUAAAUGUCCUUCAAUAGAGAAGGAUUUUUCCAUGUUGAGUACAAUUACAAGUAACAAGACACUCAUCUUACAAGAAUAUAACAAUAAUAAUAUUCAUCAACUUUCAACAGAAUCAGCUGCAUCACAUUUAGAGAAAUUAUACACAUCCAAUGAAUCAUCAAGUCCAGUUAUUACAUUAUCUGCUCAACCAAUCACAUCAAACACUCAUUAUUUACCAUCUCCAAGAGGAGGAAAUCCAAAUCCAUUUUCAUUGAGUGUUGGUGGUCUGAGUGAUGAGAAGAAGAUUAGGAGAUUGAGCUUGAAUUCAUUAGCUGCUUUGAAUACAAGCUUCAGUUUAAAGAGAGGAUCUAAUUCUAAACAAGCUAAAAAGGAUUUAACUGAUGAGAGUAUAAUUUCAAAGAGUGGUUUCAGUUUAGGUACCAAAAAGAUUGAAUUUUAUGAUUGUAGAGGUCAAUCUCUUGUUACUGAAUUUAAAUUGAAACAAAAGUCAACUCCAAAUAUGACUCCUUCACUUGUACCAGAAUUACAAACUCCUACUAACUCUACUGCAGAUCCAAGAGUUGACUAUGAAGCAAUUUUUGCUGAUAUUCUUUCAUUAAUUAGUGAUAGUGAAGAGUGUUAUCUGACUUCAGAUGCCAGUCGAAGCAGUUUAAGUUUGAGAAUAUAUGAUGAACCAGAGGAAACAAGUGAAAGCUUCCCUCGAGAAGAACUCUUUGACAAGGAUGCUUGGAAUCAUGUUGCCUACGUCUACUCUGGUGAUAGAUUAAGAGAGUACAUCAAUAAUAUCCUUGUAGAGGAUCAAAAAUGUGAUUUUAGAAUUCUUGGUUGUGGUUUGAAUAGACUCUAUGUUGGUGCUUCAAAUGAUGAAUAUUGUUUUGAAGGUUUCAAAGGUUUUCUUGAUGAAAUCUCAAUUCACAACUAUGCAAUGAAUAAGAGUGAAAUUUCCAAAUUGUACAAAUUCAAAGAUAUACAAUAA